AUGGUUUAUAGUGGGGGGAGGGUGGAUGUCUUUGAUUACAUCCAUGAGAAUGCAGAUGGCAAAUAUGUUAAGGAAUUAGUCGAUAGUUUAGGUUAUAAUGAUAUAGAGAAAGUACAUUUCUGGGACCCUAGGAAAGAAUUCAAGAAUGGGAUUAGGUUUUUAGGUUUUGAUAGUAGUACUUGUGACCCUUUCUUAGCUUUACUCUUUGAAUACAAAAGCAUUCAUAUAUACAUUGAACAUAAAAUCAAACCUACCUACAACUUUAACCUAAACAGGAGUGGAGGAGGGGGAGGAGGGAGAGGUAGCUUCCUUGAGUUGUUGAAUACUGAUGUGGUUGACUUAAAUUCUGAUUAUGUGGAACCACCUUUUACAGUACUCCCACCCAAACAACCUGAACCUCAACCUGAACCUCAACCUGAACCUCAAAUUCAACCUCAAAAUGUGCCUCAACCUGAAAUUGAUUAUGAUUCAGAGGGUACAGAUGAGGAUGAUGAUGAGUUAGCCACUGCUAGGUCUAAGAUAUCUGAUGAUAUGAGAAGGGAAAAGGCUUAUUUUGAGGAGUUAGUAAUGCUGAAAAAACUAGCAGAAAGUAAAGUAGAAGGUGGUCUGAAUUUGGGGGAUGACUUUGAUGGAUACAGUGACUUAGACAGCCCUAGUGAGUCAGAAGAUGAGGAUGAUUUUGAGAAUCCAAAGACAUUUAGGGAAGCAAUCAUAGAUUAUUCAAUUGAUAAAGGAAGAAACAUUCCAUUUUCUAAAAAUGAUUCCACUAGGGUUUGUGCAGAGUGUGAGCACAAAGAUAAAGGUUGUAAAUGGAGAAUUUGGGCUUCAUGGGAGAGAGGAAGAAGGUCAUUUACAGUGAAAACAUUUGUCAGUGAGCACACUUGUGGUAGGACACCUAUCAUUAAGAAGAUGACUUCACAUUGGAUUGCAGAACACUACCAGAAUCUGUUUAAGGUUAACCCUUACAUGAGAGUGCAAGAUAUUCAGGAAACCAUUUGGUUAGAAAAGGGUAUAAGGGUGAGCAAACACAAGGCUGCCAGGGCUAGGAGAAGGGGUCAAGCACUCAUUGUUGGUGAAUACAAAGAGCAGUAUGCAUUACUCCCAAGGUAUGCAGCUGAGAUACUAAGAAGCAAUCCAGGGAACACAGUGAAGUUGAAGUUGGAUGCAAAUGUGUUUGACAGACUGUAUUUGUGUUUUGAGGCACUUAGGAAAGGGUUCUUGGCAGGAUGCAGACCUUUCAUAUCACUUGAUGGAUGUUUCUUAAAGGGACCAUUUGGGGGUCAAUUGUUAGUAGCAGUAGGGAGGGAUGGAAACAAUCAAAUGUUCCCUUUGGCUUGGGCUGUUUGUGAGGUUGAGAGCACUGACACAUGGAGUUGGUUUCUAGAACUUCUAGCUACUGAUUUAGGCACUAGUGAAGGAGCAGGGUACACUUUCAUGUCUGACCAACAAAAGGGUUUACUUGCUGCUGUGUCAAAUGUGUUUCCACAAGCUGAAAGUAGGGUGUGUGCAAAGCAUGUGUACUGUAACUUUAGGGGAGUGUUUGGAGGUGGUUUAGAGUACAGAAAACAAUUUUGGACUAUUGCAAAAAGCAACACAGUAAAUCACUUCAAUGAAAACAUUGAAGUAAUGAGGGGUAUUUCACAUGAAGCUGCUGAAGACCUACUGAAAAGGAACUACAAGAAAUGGUGUAGGGCAUUCUACACUCCAUUAUCUUGUUGUGACAGUAUAGACAACAACAUGAGUGAGGUGUUUAAUGCAUACAUCUUGAGUGCAAGGCACAAGCCUAUUAUUACCAUGUUGGAAGAUAUCAGAGAGGGUUUGAUGGAAAGACUGCAUAAGAAAAGAGAUUUCAUUGGGAAAAAGGAGAUAAUGUUGUGUCCUAGGAUCCAAAUUCAGUUAGAGAAACACAAAAUUUGGGCUAGGGGUUGGAAUGCAUACUGGGAUGGUGGGUUUUGCUAUGGAGUAAGAGAAGGUGCAACACAGGUUAAGUAUGUGGUGGAUCUGAACCAACAUACUUGCAGUUGCAAUGCAUGGCAGGUGAGUGGGAUUCCAUGCAAACAUGCAAUUGUUGCUAUAUGGAAUAAAGUAGACCACCCAGAACAAUAUGUCAAUGCAUAUUUCUGCAAACAGACCUACAUGAAGGCAUAUGAAUUUUUGUUAGAGCCUUUAAAUGGUCCUCAAGAGUGGCCUACUUCUGAUAGCAUUGUUGUGGCUCCAAAGGUGAAAAAGGUCAAUGGAAGACCUAAAACAAAGAGGAGAUAUGGUGUUGGAGAGGUAACUGCAUCUGGUAAGCUGAAGAGAACAGGUUGUUCUAUGAAAUGCAGCUUAUGUGGUGUGAUAGGCCACAACAAAAGGGGUUGCAAGAAUGCCCCUAAGCAACAACAACACAGAAACAAUCAUGCUACUGCAGAGUAGACCACACCACAGCAACAACACCCAAGAACCAGUUCAGCUAUACCAAUGCACAAUAGGGGUGUGGGUAUUUAUACCUACCCAAAUGGGUAUCAAAGAAUAGCUACUCCUAUAUCACAACACUUCCCCACACCACAGAGGCAAAGACCUCCUGCAGCUUUCUAUUCUGAUCAUGGGGGUGAGCAAACCAUCUACUCCUUCCCUGCACAUGACUUCCCAUUGUCACAGACUCAACCAAGUCAAGGACACACAAUAUCAAGCCAAGCAUUGCAGGAUCUUGCAAUGGCUAGAAGAUUAGAAAAAAGACCAUGAG